AUGCAGCUGGAAGGCCAGCCUGUGGCCAACUUGAAGUGCUUGCCGCGCGCCCAGUGCUGUCCAAGCCGCGAGGAGAGUGAGGAGGCCAAGCCAGAAGAAGAGCUGGACAAGAUGCGAAUCGACCGUGAGGCUCCAGAAGCGGGGACAACGUCCACGGAAUUCCGCGGGAAGGGACCAGAAGGAACACGGCUUGAAGAUGCACACCUCUGUCGCCGCCGCCUAGGCAGCGAGGACACGCAGGCUGGCCAGCUGCGUGGCCUGCGUGUGGAGAAGUUGCUGCAGCGAGUGGAGCGGGCAGGUAUGGACAGUGAGCGCCUUUUGGUGCCUGGCUUCGAAAGCGAGGUGCGAGAGGAGAAGGAAGCGAAGCAGAAACAGGAAGCAUCUGACACGAAAGCCGGAAAGCAAAAGGAAAGUGUGUACCAGAUGGACUUUCGCAAGAGGAUUGAAGAGCGGACUCGGAAGAUGGCGAUGGUGAAGACCCACAUGUCGUACAAGAGUAUAGUCCGCGAGUAUGGAGAGGAAGCAGAGGAAGGCAACUUGCUUGAGCUGCUGGAGCGCUUCCAGAAGAUGUUUCAGCCCAAGCACACUUUGCGACCCUCGGGCGGGCGCAGGAGGUUUGAAAGCAGCGUGAAGAGCAUACGGGUUCAUAUUUCCCUGGCAAAGGUUUACGACGCCCCCCUGCGCUGGCAGCAGGAAGCGGUAGCACAGCAGUCCGCACCUCCUCCGCCGCUGGGAGGCGUUCCGGGCUUGCAAACAUUCGGCGCGCCUGUUUCUGGGCCAGGACGCGGCUUUCAGUGGCCGCGACAGAUGGGCAGCCCCUUUGCUGGCUCAUCGGACGGGGUGUUUGGGGCCACCCCUGCUGGAAUACAAACCCAGCAGUUGCCAGAAAUCGUGAUCGAGAUGACUCUUCAGGACUUCCAUGGAAAUCUUCUGUUCAAGCGGACCGAGCGAGCACAGCAAUCUACUGAUCCAGACAUCAAUCAGAUUCUGGAGCUUCCCCUCCACGCAGCCGGCAUAGCCGGAAUGGAGGAGCUCACCCAAGAGAAUCUGAUCAAAUAUAGCGGCGAGCUCACCAUAAACGUCUUCGAUGAACUGUCGCAGAGACUGCCCGGAAGUGGCCAGGAAGUGCGAGUUCGAACUCAAUUGCGCCACCUCGGCAAGUUCGUCUUACCAUGGGACACUCUGUAUGCUGCGAAAUGCAGCGUCAAGGGGCACUUUCCCGUCGAUCAGCACGUGGUGCUCUUCGGAUACCGUCCCAAAUCAGAGAAACAGCGCCUGCCACCACCGGUGCAAGCAGAAGGGGCUCCGCCACCUCCACCGUCCAGCCAAGCAGCGAAGAUGAUGUGCCUGGGUCUGGAGGUUACAGUGGACCCUCCGCUCGAGCAUCCAACACGAGUUCAACCUCAGAUUACCCUGGGAAAGGAGCCCAACAUGAUGCUCAAGCAUGUUCAGAAAUGGCACGACUUGCUCAAGUCGCGGCGUGAUUCACGUAUACUGGCAUUGGGCACAGAUGUUGAUGGUCGCUCAUGUCUGAUCUGCCGCUUCAUUCGGCCACAGAAGCCACCGGACAUCCUGCCCGAGAAUCCGUUUGCAAUUGAAAUGGCUGCAAGAUACGUAUCGAUGAUUCCCUCGCUUCAGGACAAUGAAAUGUGGAACGUGGAAGACUUGUGGUGCACGGACCAAGAGUUCCUGGACAUUCAAUGUGGAGACUGGGAGGAGCACUGCAUUCUGCUGUGCAACUUUUUCAAUUACAUCGACCGCUAUCGACGGGAAUGCGUAGGAGGAUACAGCACCUCAGACAUUCAGUCCUACUGCGUAAUCUGCGACUUAAUGCCGGAGGGAGAAGCCGUCGUGGUAUUGCGAAUGGACAGGCAGUCCGGGAACUGUGAGUUCUGGCAUGCGCUGAAGGGUCGAUGCUAUUUCUUGCCCGCAGCCGCCGCGAAGCAGCGUUGGAGUCUGUGUCCUCGUGGUACUGCCGGGACGGAAGACGACGCAGCGCAGCCUGACGUGCAGCAGGCAUCAGUGCUGAAGGCGAUGACCUCCAUACCCAUCCGGAAAGUGCACCUUGUGUUCAAUGCGGACAAUGUCUGGGCCAACCUCCAAAGUGAGCGGGCCAAAAGUGCCCACAAAGGGGUUGCAGCCUUGUCCUGGGAUCUUGACGAUGCAAGACGCUGGAAGCCGCUCUUCGCACGCGGGCGUGAGGAUUUGAGGAGGUUAUCGGGACUUCCGCCAGAUCCGACAGGCGAGGACGAGCUUGUCAGAGAUUUCUCCAAAGAGUGGCGCUUGGAGGAUCCCUCCCAGGCGCUCACCUUCCAGCCGAAGGAUGAGCCCCAGGCUGCACGCUUAGAGAACAUUUUCCAGCUGCAGCUGGAGCAGGACAUCAUCGAUCAUCGCGCCGGUCUCAAAGGCACCAUUGUCAAGGACAGCAGGAGCACAAAGUUCAACCAUGUCAUCGCUGACAGGUUGGGCCAGCUCCUGGAGGGAUUAGAGACCCUGGCAAACAGUGCGCGACGAAGUGGCUACGAGUCGAGCUUCCCCUUGAAGUCGCAUGCGACACCACCUGUAACCCUCGAGGCCAUCGAGGCACAAAUGCACGAAAUCGAGAACGAUUUCAGGAGGAUGGGACGGCCUGGGCGUAGUGUUUUUGGCCUGCCCUUCAAUGAGCCGUACAAAGACUACAGCCUCAUCUGGGAUGCCAUCUACCAGUCUCGCAUCUUGGAGCUGGGCGGAGACCAGGCCGAUUAUGCGCUCAAGGUGAGGAUCUUUCCUUAUGCCGCAGGGGUGCUGAGCAUUUGGGUCUUCAUUGCCGCUGCAAUGGACGUGUAG